UGCUCACGUUCUCCAACCUUGUCUAGCACGGGGAGGACUUGCGAUUUCUGGUACAACUGUUUGCGUAGCGAAAUCGGAAAUUUGCUGCACCAUCGGAUACGUCCACCAGUGUACUGUGCUUGGCCACUGGCCCCUGAAACCUACGGCGAAUACGAAGCUGUAGGGGUAAGGCACGUAUUAGAGCGUUUGCUGGAGCCAUCGAAAAGCGACGAUGACGGUGCAGUGAGCUGCUACAAAAGACGUUUAGGUACAACGGUACAACUCGGGGGAAACAGCUCCUCGAUUCCGCCAGAAUAUUCCCCCCGUCGGGAUUAUUGGUAGUGGUUGUGUAGAGGCACCACCGCCGCACAUCAUCCCCGUGCGGAAGACAAGCAAAUCUCACUCACUCACUCACCAACUAUGUCUCGUGGACCCGGUCCGAUCCCGCAUCGGUGGCUGCACUGCCCGCGGAAAUCGGACUCGAUCAUAGCCGAUCGCUUCAUAGCGUUUAAGACGCCGCUCAAGCGCGACUUUCAGUCGCAGAUGCCCGUCCAAUGCUCCUUCGCACCGUCGAUGCUGUUCGAUCUGAUGAAGCGACAGAAGCGACGCAUCGGGCUGUGGAUUGAUCUGACCAACACCAACCGGUUUUACGAUAAGAACGAGAUCGAGGACGCCGGCGCUACGUACAUAAAGCUGAAGUGUCGUGGCCACGGCGAAACACCGUCCGUCGAGCAUGUGCGAUCGUUCAUUGAGAUUGUGGAGGAGUUCAUACAGGAGCAUCCGCUGGACGUGAUUGGCGUUCACUGCACUCACGGAUUCAACCGGACCGGGUUCCUGAUCGUUUCGUACAUGGUCGAACGACUGGACUGUGCGGUCGAUGCGGCCGUGAUGGCAUUCGCCCAGGCCCGCCCACCGGGCAUCUACAAGGGCGACUACCUGAAGGAACUGUUUGCCCGCUACGGGGACGUGGAGGAUGCGCCGCCUCCGCCGGAACUGCCGGCCUGGUGCUUGGAGUAUGACGAUGGCGACCAGCCGAACAAUGGUGCGCACCAGCUGGUGGAGCAGGAUGACGAUGACGACGGUGGUGGUGGUGGUGAGGAAAGUAGGCCGCGCGGUUCGAAGCGUUCACAGGACGGUGAAGGGGCGCCGCAGACGCCAAAGCGCUUCAAGCGAGCCUCGUACAACCCGAACGCAGUUUUCAUGGAAGACGUGCCGGGCGUGACGUUGGUGCGGGACGAAGCCCUGAUUGCUAAGCUGCAGGAGCGAGUGCGCGAGAUGUGCGGCAGCAAGCUGCAGGGCUUUGCCGGCGCGCAGCCCGUCUCGAUGGACAUGCACAACAUACGCUACCUCAAGGAGAUGCCGUACCGGGUGUCCUGGAAGGCGGACGGCACCCGCUACAUGAUGCUGAUCCAUCGCGAGGGCGAGAUUUACUUCCUCGACCGCGACAACUCGGUGUUCAAGGCGGAGGGUAUCCGAUUCCCCACCCUGAAGGACACUUCCGUCCACAUCACCGACACGCUUGUCGACGGGGAGAUGGUGCUGGACAAUUACGGCGAGGGGAAGAAAAUCCCCCGCUAUCUCGUGUACGAUGUGAUCUACCUGCACAAUCGGGAGGUGCGCAAGCAGCGGUUCUUCCCCGACCGGUUGGGCCUGAUCGAUCGCGAAAUCAUACAGCCGCGCACCAACGCGAUACGGCAGGGCAGGCUGGACCGGGAGAGCGAACCGUUCGGCGUGCGGUUGAAACAGUUCUGGGACAUUAUGCAGUCGCGGGCACUGCUCGGGCCAAAGUUCACCAAAGGGCUGGGCCACGAGCCGGACGGGCUGAUCUUUCAGCCCUCGAUCGAUCCGUACGAGUCGGGCGUCUGCCCGCGUGUACUUAAGUGGAAACCGCAUCACAUGAACUCGAUCGACUUUCGGCUGGUGAUAAAGGAGGAAACCGGGCAGGGCAUGCUGCCGACCAAGAAGGGGCUGCUGUACGUCGGCGGCAUGGAGCACAGCUACGGCGAGAUCAAGCUGACGAAGGAGCUGCGCAAGCUGAACAACAAGAUCAUCGAGUGCAAGUUCGAAAAUGGCUGGGUGCUGAUGCGCGAGCGCACGGACAAGUCGUUCCCCAACAGCUACGAAACGGCCAAGAACGUGUGGGAAAGCAUCCGCAAUCCGGUCACCGAGGAUCGGCUGCUGACCCUGAUUGCGAAGGACGGGUUUCGAUCGGAUGCCGAGCUGAUGCCGCCACCCCGGCCACACUGAGCCACUGAGGGUGGGGAAUGGACUGAACGGAGAGCGGCCCCCGAUGCGUGACCAAUUUGCUAUUUUACUGGUUGUAGUAAGAUUGGAAGUAUUUGACAUGUUUUAUUUUUAAACCAACCACAAUUUUUGUUUUCUCUCUUGAGCGCCUUGCCUGGGGCCCUUUACUUUCGAACGCUUUCGGGCUGCUAGCUCGAAAAUCCACCCCGCGUAGCAAACAACCUUCCUUAUGCUGCGUUUCAUCUUCUCAUCUGCAAUAUCACGCAACCACGCUGGAUUACCAUGGAUACGGACUGGUCACUCGUUUUCUACCAGUAACGAUUCAUCCUGUCUUUGCAUUGUAUCGAGCUUGACAGAACGCGCAAACACAGGCGCCUAGAGCUGUGUAAGAAGCUACGUUGGUUGGGCCGAGGCGCGAAGGGAAGGGCAAAAAGUGACGACAUUAUAUUUGAUUAUGGAACCCAUUAAUCCAUACAUCGUAAGGCAAUGCGGAUUCGUUUUGAAGCGAAAGCUUAGUUUGUAAGGUAGCAUAACUUGACUGAAGCAGUUUCGGGCGGAAGCCACACUUUGGAUCACGAAAGUCGAAAAGGAUGAAAGACAGCGGCAGCAGCCAGAAGCGAGAAAUGGAGAGAUUGUGCAGAACACAUCUAUAUAGUUAAAUAAAUUCCCGCAAGACAGCGUUUAAAAACAAAA